UGGAUGAUUGUGCUGCCAAUCAGAUGCUGAGAUUCCGCCCCCUCAGUAGUAGCAGGCUGAGUUGAGUUACACGACCCAUAUUCCCGUUUAGUUGGGUGAAAAAAAAAAAAAAAAAAGACAACAUCGUAUCGCUGCCGCCAUCUUGUUACCGGGCAGCGGGAGGAGCGGACGUAUUGGAGCUUUCGUGGGGGCUAUAAAAGCCGGGAUGGCAGCGGCCGCUCAUCCAGAGAUGGCUUCGGAUGUCCCUGCUCUCUCGGUGCCCUCAGGCAAUCCAGGUUCAAGUUCCCAGGCCGGUGGGUCCAUGGCGCAGAGAGGCAACAAGCGUCGCUCAGGGCUGGAUUUCGAUGACGAUGAGGAUUCGAACAGUAAAUUCCUCAGGUGUGAUGAUGACUCUCUCCCUAAUGACAAGGAAAGGUUUGCAAGGGAGAACCACAGCGAAAUUGAGCGGAGAAGAAGGAAUAAAAUGACCGCAUACAUUACAGAGCUCUCUGAUAUGGUGCCCACAUGCAGCGCCCUGGCACGCAAGCCCGACAAGCUCACUAUUCUACGCAUGGCAGUGUCUCAUAUGAAGUCUCUGCGGGGAACCGGAAACACUCCCACAGAUGGCGCCUAUAAACCGUCAUUCUUGACAGACCAGGAAUUGAAACACCUGAUUUUGGAGGCUGCAGACGGCUUUCUUUUUGUUGUGUCAUGUGAGACAGGAAGGAUUGUGUACGUUUCUGACUCUGUCACUCCUGUCCUCAACCAACCACAGACGGAAUGGUUUGGAAGCACUUUGUAUGACCAGGUUCACCCAGAUGAUGUGGACAAGCUUCGAGAACAACUGUCCACGGCAGAGAAUGCCAUGACAGGGCGCAUCCUCGAUCUUAAAACUGGCACAGUGAAGAAAGAGGGUCAGCAGUCCUCCAUGAGAAUGUGUAUGGGUUCGCGGAGGUCAUUCAUUUGCAGAAUGAGAUGUGGGAAUGCUCCCGUGGAUCCGACCUCCAUGAACAGGCUCAGCUUCAUGAGGAACAGAAACAGGAAUGGUCUUGGUCCCCCUAAGGAUGGAGAGACUCAGUUUGUGGUUGUACAUUGCACAGGAUAUAUUAAAGCAUGGCCACCUGCAGGUGUCACAUUACCAGAGGAUGACCAGGAUGCAGGACAGAGCAGCAAGUUCUGUCUAGUGGCCAUUGGCAGGUUACAGGUAACAAGCUCCCCUAAUUGCACAGAUAUGAAUAACAUCUGCCAGCCUACAGAGUUCAUCUCUCGACACAGUGUGGACGGCAUGUUUACAUUUGUGGACCAUCGAUGUGCUGCAACUGUAGGCUACCAGCCGCAGGAACUGUUAGGAAAAAGCAUUGUGGAGUUUGCGCACCCUGAAGAUGAGCAGCUGCUGAGAGACAGUUUUCAACAGGUGGUGAAAUUAAAAGGUCAGGUUCUGUCCGUCAUGUUCCGCUUCAGAUCCAAAAGCCGUGAGUGGCUGCUGAUGAGAACCAGCUCAUUCACCUUCCAGAAUCCCUACUCUGAUGAGAUUGAGUAUAUCAUCUGCACAAACACCAAUGUAAAGAACACUAACCAGGAGGCGCGGCCAGCCCUGGCCAGCUCUAUGCAGAGACCACCACUAGGCCAGAGCAUUGCACACUCUCUAGAAAUGGGUCCAGGACAGUUGACUGCCAGACAACAGCCGCCUUCACAGCCAGAACUGGAUGUUGUUCCCAGCAGAGAUAAUUUGGGUGCAUACGGUCACACGCAGGUCCCGGUUCAGUCAGUGUCGGCAGCAAUACCUGAUCAUAGCAAAUCUCUGGAGAAAUCAGAUGCCCUCUAUGGACAGGAGAGAGAUUCUAGGUUUUCUGAAAUCUACAACAGCAUUAACCCAGACCAGAAUAAAGCACUAAAUCCCAGUGGAGUCCCAGGCAACCAGCAACUCUUCCCACAAGCCAGCUCCUUCACGCCUGCUCCCCGCGGAGUGGACAACUUCAGGAGCGGUGGGAUAGUUUCUCCAGGUAACAUUAUCCAGCAGCCUGCGUCUGCAGGGCAGAUUCUCGCCCAGAUAUCACGGCAUACCAGCCCCACACAAGUCACUGGCACAAACUGGAGCUCUGGUACACGUCCAUCAUUCACAGCACAGGCUGCAAAGACCCAGUCCCCUCCAUUUGGCAUAAACAACUUCCAGACGACUCCUACCAACUUCAGCCCAUUGUCCUCCCAGAGUUCAACCUCCUCUCCUGCUGGAGCCACAUACCCCAAUAUGGCCAGUAGAAGCAACAGCUUUGCCACAGAGGUGGGUCAGCCUCGGGUACCCUUCCAGACACGGGCUGCAGAUGCUGUAGGAGUGUGGCCCCAGUGGCCCCAAAGUCAACAUCACGGCCAAAACAGUGCAGAGACUCAUGUCCAGCCACAGACCAACCAAUCAGAGGUCUUUCCAGACAUGUUGUCCAUGUUGGGGGAUCAGACCGCAAACUACAACAAUGAAGAGUUUUCCGAGCUCAACAUGUUCCAGUCUUUUGCUGAGUAAGCCGCGUUGUCUGAUGCGCAGAUGAUGGAAUCCAGAUGCCUACAAAACGAGCAGUUGCUCCUCUUCCUCCCCCCUCAAUCACUUACGCCUUUCUCUUGAUCUCCUGCAACAGCUGAGGAGUGGAGAUCACCAUAUGCGGUGAGGGAGGGGAAUUAUACGAGAAGGACGUUGACACCGGGACAUGGGGAGAAACAUCACAGGGACACCACAGAACUGCCUUCUAUAUGAACUAAGGAGAGACCUGAUCUUAUUCUCUUCAGUCUUCACCAGCUUUAAAUCCCAAAUAUUGUGCCACUGAUUAUUUUUCAUUUGGAAACCUUGCCUCCCUGAAAUCAGGUGACAAGAAACCCCCACCCCCUCACCGACCCGAAACAUUUCAUUAUUUUAUAGUGACCUUAAUGAGACUAUAAAAGGCUCUAUCAGGGAUAAACCUUGCGUAAGAUAAUCACAAAUGUAGCUGGUGCCUUUUUAUCAUGUCAGGACAGGAAAUCCUAAGAUGAUCUCUAGAAGACACAGAAUUUGCGCAACCCACCAGUUGUAGUGCACCUAACCAUACCAGUAUAUAUUACUUCAGAUCACAGAGACACACUUAAAGGGAUAUUCCAGGAAAAAACUUUUUAUUUUUGUUUUGUUUUUUCAUAUCAACUGGCUUCAGAAUGUUAAACAGAUUUGUAAAUUACUUCUAUAAAAAAAAAAAAAAAAAAAAAUCUUAAUCCUUCCAAUAGUUAUCAGCUGCUGAAGUUGAGUUGUUCUUUUCUUUCUGGCAACAGUGCUCUCUGCUGACAUCUCUGCUUGUCUCGGGAACUGCACAGAGUAGAAGAGGUUUGCUAUGGGGAUUUACUUUUACUCUGGACAGUUCCCGAGACACGUGUCAUCAGAGAGCACUUAGACAGAAAAGAGCAACUCCACUUCAGCAGCUCAUAAGUACUGAAAGGAUUAAGAUUGUUUAAAGGAGUAGUCCGGCGCUCAUUUUUCUUAU